AGGCGCAGCUGCGAAAACCCUAGAAAGUCUCCAAAGAGUCUAGAGACUGUGAGUGAAGAGAGAAAAUAACUCAAUAGAUCAAAAAUGGCCGCCGCCGCCGCCGCACGUCCCCUCGUCACCGUCCAAGGCCUAGACGGCGACAUGACCACCGAUCAAUCCUCCACCGUCGUCCUCCCCGACGUCAUGACCGCCCCCGUCCGCCCCGACAUCGUCAACUUCGUCCACGCCCAAAUCUCCAACAACAGCCGCCAGCCCUACGCCGUCUCCAAGAAAGCCGGCCACCAGACCUCCGCCGAGUCCUGGGGAACCGGUCGCGCCGUCUCCCGUAUCCCCCGCGUUCCCGGAGGCGGAACUCACCGCGCCGGCCAAGCUGCGUUCGGAAACAUGUGUCGCGGCGGACGCAUGUUCGCCCCGACGAAGAUCUGGCGCCGCUGGCACCGCCGCGUCAACGUCAACAUGAAGAGGCACGCGAUCGUGUCCGCCAUCGCCGCCACGGCCGUUCCCGCGCUCGUGAUGGCUCGCGGUCACAAGAUCGAGAACGUCCCCGAGAUGCCUCUUGUGGUUAGCGACUCCGCCGAGGCCGUUGAGAAGACGGCGGCGGCGAUCAAGGUGUUGAAACAGGUUGGAGCUUAUGAUGAUGCUGAGAAGGCGAAGGAUAGUAUUGGGAUUAGGUCUGGUGUAGGUAAGAUGAGGAACCGUCGUUACAUCUCUAGGAAAGGUCCUCUUGUGGUUUACGGAACCGAAGGGGCCAAGAUUGUUAAGGCCUUUAGGAACCUUCCCGGUGUUGAGCUUUGCCACGUGGAGAGGCUUAACUUGUUGAAGCUUGCACCUGGUGGUCACCUUGGGAGGUUUGUGAUUUGGACUAAGUCUGCUUUCGAGAAGCUUGAGGGGAUUUAUGGGUCUUUUGAGAAGCCCUCGGAGAAGAAGAAAGGGUAUGUGCUUCCUAGGGCGAAGAUGGUGAAUGCUGACUUGGCGAGGAUUAUUAACUCUGAUGAGGUGCAGAGUGUGGUGAAGCCGAUUAAGAAGGAUGCGAAGAGGGCUGUGAUGAAGAAGAAUCCUUUGAAGAAUUUGAAUGUGAUGCUCAAGUUGAACCCGUAUGCGAAGACUGCUAAGAGGAUGUCUUUGUUGGCUGAGGCGCAGAGGGUUAAGGCUAAGAAGGAGAAGCUCACCAAGAAGAGGAAGACUGUCACCAAGGAGGAGGCAUUGGCAAUCAAGGCAGCAGGAAAGUCGUGGUACCAGACAAUGAUUUCCGACAGUGACUACACCGAGUUUGACAACUUCACCAAGUGGCUCGGUGCUAGCCAGUAAUAAUAUCAUCUGCUUGAAAACACUAUCAUGUUUAGGGAAUGUUUUUGGUUUUAUAUCUGUUUUGUCUUGAGUUGUUGGAUUAUUAAGCUCAGCUAUGAACAAGUUUCAUUUCUCUUUUUACUCUUAUCCUUGUGCUACCUUGGUUUUAUCAGACAAAUGUUUGAAUUUAAGACAAUGCUCAAGUUUUUAUUGUCU